GUCGCAAUCCUCCAACGGCCCGCUCCGCCAAAAUUGAAUAUGCGACCCAAUGUUGCGUUGACGAUCGCUGCCGGGUUUUCCACAGCCGCGGCAGUGACGCUGGAAGAGCUGUGCACAACCUCCUACGCUGCGUCUAAGUUGCCUGCUACCGGCACAUACCAAGGCAUCACGAUCGAUGAGAACUCCGUCAUCACCACUUUGACCUCAAACUCUGCUCUCAAGGACAACACGUUCUACCCCGAUGCCGCAGUCUCGUACUGCAACAUUACGUUCUCCUACACCCACGAUGGUCGCGGCGACCUCGUGCACGUCGCGUAUUUCGCUCCCGACCCGUCAACCUUUCAAAACCGCUUCUUGGCCACUGGCGGAGGAGGUCUAGCUAUCAACUCUGGUGCCUCGUCGGUCUCAGGCGGUGUGAGCAUUGGCGCGAUAGCAGGGUUGACAGACGGAGGAUUCGGCAGCUUCAAUACGCAGGCUGACGCGCAUUUUCUGCUGGCGAAUGGAACAGUGAACUGGGAGAACGUGUACAUGUUUGGGUACCAGGCGAUCCACGAGAUGACAGUUUUGGGAAAGGCCUUUACGAAGAAUUUGAUGGCUGUCGAGAAUGGCACGAAGAUGUAUGCGUACUACCAAGGUUGUUCGGAAGGCGGCCGCGAAGGCUGGUCGCAAGUCCAACGAUUCGAAGAACUCGACGGCGCAAGUAUAGGAGCACCCGCAUUCCGCUACGCGCACCAGCAGAUCCAGCACCUCUACAGCAACGUUGUCGAGAAGACUCUGAACUACUUCCCUCCGCCAUGCGAACUCCAAGCCAUCGUAAACGCGACCAUCAAAUUCUGCGAUCCCCUCGACGGAAAGACAGACGGCGUCGUUGCGCGCUCCGACUUAUGCAAGCUCAAAUUCAACAUCAAUUCCACAAUUGGUACGCCAUACUACUGCGCUGCCUCCACUGGAGGGGGCGGCGGGUUCGGGCCCGGCGCAGGACAACCCACGCCCGAGCAAAAAGGAAACGUCAGCGCGAAAGCUGUCGCAGUCGCUUCGACCAUCCUCUCCGGCCUGCACGACCUCCAAGGCCGCCAGGCCUACUUCUCCUACCAGCCCGCUGCGACCUUCGCAGACGCACGGACAAAGUACAACAACGCAAGUGGCAAGUGGGAGCUUAGCAUCAGCGGGCUGGGCGGGGAGUUCGUGACGCGGUAUCUCUGGCUGCAAGACACGUCGACGCUGACGAGUCUGGAGGGCGUGACGUACGACACCAUGGUGGACUGGAUAUACGGCUUGUGGCAGCUGUACGAGGACUCGCUGCAGACGACGUGGCCGGAUCUGUCGCGGUUCCAGGCAUCGGGCGCCAAAAUCCUCCACUUCCAUGGCGAAUCCGACGACUCCAUCCCCGCGGCCUCAAGCGUGCACUACUGGGACUCCGUCCGCACAACCCUCCAUCCCACGCUCUCGUACAACGACUCAACCACUGCUCUCCAAUCCUUUUACCGCCUCUUCCUAGUCCCCGGGGCCGGCCACUGCGGCGCAAACACUGGGCAGCCGAACGGCGGGUGGCCCCAGACGAGCAUGCAGCAGCUGAUCGCAUGGGUGGAGGGUGGUGUCGCGCCGGAGAUGCUCAAUGCAACGGUGGCGCUGGGGGCAAAUAAGGGGCAAAGUCAGAGGAUUUGUAUGUGGCCGCUGAGGCCGGUGUACAGUGGGAAUGCGACGGUGCCGGAUUGCGUGUGGGAUGAGAAGAGUGUAGAGACGUGGCGAUACGAGUUGGACGCGUUCAAAUUGCCAGUGUACUAA